ACAGUAAGUAAAUAUACCCAUUACAAUAAAUACAAAGUAUGUAUUGUCUCGGCCUCAUAUACAUGUAGUUACAGUUGUUCUUGAAAAUAACUGCUAUUUUUCCAUUUUGCUUAUCCACACCCCCAAUCUGUGACCCACACAUACAUACAUACUGAGUUUUUUUUGUUUAGGUUUUUUGUAUUUAUGUGGUAGCCUAUACAUAUGUGUUAUGGCUUUACACUCUUUCUCUCUGCCCUCUUGAGGUCUGAACAAACCUGUUUGUCUGCCUGUCUACCACCCGGAAACUGAUCAAAGAGUCAGGGCAUGUAAAAAAGAGAGAGAGAGAGAGAGAGAGAGAGAGAGGAACACAAAUGUCUACAACUAAGCUACUUCCUGUCCUAAGCAUACAGAGCGUACUUUUUUUGGCACCCGUGUUUAGAUUGAUGAUAAACAACAGAAUAAGAUGGACAGCAAAAGUGAAAAGUGAGACCACAUGGGUGCCAGAGAUUGUGAGAGAGUGUGAGUAAGAAGGGGCGGAGAGAGAGUGAAGGGGUGGGAGGUUGCUGGAACAGGCAGCAGAAGGCAUUUUUUCAGAAUAUUUCUCCAUGUUCAAAUUGAUGUUGUCUCCACUGCUGUUAUCAGAAGAAAGAAGCUUGACGGGAUGGGAAUGUAAGACUUUUAUUUCUGCUUGCUCUUUUCUUUCCUUUGCUCCUAAUGGAGAAGAAAAUGUAGAUGUUCUUCAACACCGUUUAGUGUUUGAUGAAACCGGUGGGAGUAUGACAUGGUUUGAGUUGGAUUACGCAACAGAUUUUAAGACGGACUGCAAAAUGGAUCAUUGAUUAAGGGAUCAGCAUGUUAAAAGGACACAAAGUAUCUCAGGAAGUGCCUCCAUAUAUACGCAAAAUGCAGAGUGAGAUACAGAGACUUUGGGGAGCUGCUCACUUGGCUACAUAACUGUUGGACUUAAAGACACGGCCUAGCUAUCACUCCAUGUGCAUCUCUUCGUGUAAGGCCACUGGAUCAGCAGACCUAGGGAGAAGGGCGCCACCUCACAUUCCUAAUGGCAAUGGCUGAAAGUGCAGGGGGUUUAGGCCGAAGCCCUGAACCUGAUCCGUCCAACUCUGCUGCAUCCCAGCCCCCCAGCAGCGCUGACCUUAAACUCCUCAACAAGGUCUUCAAAAGACUAGCCAAACUGAAAAUGCUCUGUACUGACCCACGGCUAGGUCUGAAGAAUAGUCCACCGUACCUACCUGAGUUGGUCUCGGAGACUGCAAAUCUCCUAAUGGAGGUAUGGGCUCCCUAUAAGGGUUCAGUCCCAGCCGUGCCGCGGGAGAAUGAGGGGGAAUACUUGAAGAUCCAUGUCCGACACCUGCUGGACAAGACGGACAGGGCCAUCAUGCUGUUUAAAGAGGGCAAGGACAGGAUGUUUGAGGAAAAGUCUAGCUACAGGAGAAACUUGACUAAACUUACUCUGCUGUUCAGCCACAUGUUAUGGGAGCUACGAGCCAUGUAUCCAGGUGGUCGAUUUCAGGGUGAUGUGUAUAAGCUGACCAAGACAGAGGCACAGGAGUUCUGGAGGAGAGCAUUUGGAUACAAGUGUAUAGUUCAGUGGAGCAACUUUAAGCAGCAGUUGAGACGGGUACACAGCUUUGAAGAGGGAAUGGAGGCCAUGGCCCUAAAGUCGACAGUUGAUCUCACCUGCAACGAUCACAUUUCUAUCUUUGAGUUUGAUAUCUUCACCAGGCUCUUUCAGCCCUGGUCAACACUGCUGAGGAACUGGAAUCAGUUGGCAGUGACUCACCCAGGAUAUAUGGCCUUCCUCACCUAUGACCAGGUCAUAGCCAGACUGGAACACCACAGACAUCGUCCUGGCAGCUAUAUCUUCCGUCUAAGCUGCACACGAAUGGGCCAAUGGGCAAUUGGUCAUGUGACCUUUGAUGGCAGCAUCGUGCAAACUAUUCCAGAGAACACACCUCUCUACCAGGCUCUAAUAAAAGGAUUCAGAGAGGGAUGCUACUUGUACCCAGAUGGGCGUGAUGUGAACCCUGACCUUACCAGCCUGUGUAUGGCACCUCAGAAGGGUCGUGUUAAGGUCACAGAGGAGCAGUAUGAGUUAUACUGUGAAAUUGGCAGCACAUUUCAGCUUUGCAAGAUCUGUACUGAAAGAGACAAGGACACACGCAUCCAACCCUGUGGACAUCUGCUCUGUCAGCCUUGCCUCACCGGCUGGCAGAAGUCAGAUGGACACACCUGCCCUUACUGCCGCUGUGACAUCAGAGGAACAGAGUCCAUCCUUAUAGAGCCAUAUAACCCCACAAGAGACACAUUAACUGGAAGGAGAGAGGAAGAGGAUGAUGAGGAUGAAGACCAUGAAGAUGUGGAACUGGUCAUGAAGAAACUGGCCAUGAUGAAAAGGGCAUCACAGGAGGAGUACCAGGUUCCUACCUCCAGUUUAGGACCUCCUCCACUUCCCCCGAAACACUCCACCCCCUCUCCCUGCCCCUCACCCAGACCUCACGUCAGGCCUUCCAACAGAGGAAUGCAGGCCAAGGGCCACAGUGGCUCAAAAACCGGUAGCAGUGUGACAUCUUCAGAAAACCAGCUAAAUCAAAGUGAAGCAUUCUCCAACAGUGAAGAGUCAUUUUCUAGCCAACCAUCAUCCUUACAGUCAGGCAAGAACACUGCGGUGCCAUGGGUGGGACCUACAACUUCAGCUAAAAAGACGAAAGAGAAAAAAAGGGAGGAGAGAACUAAGGAGGAGAGGAGCGAAUCACACACAUGGUUUCCAACAGGACGACAUAGUCGAAAGGACUCAGAGAGACACUUCUCAUCCUGACAAUGUUGCACAGAGCUGCAGGAUAACAUUAUGGAUAGAAAUGUAAUGAAAGAUUUUAUUAUGUCGCUCGCAUUGUUCAAAUAGUCCGUUCUCAAGAUUAUCAGCCUUGGAAUUACAGCCACAAAAGUAAUUCAUGGCACAAUCAAACUAUACUGAUAAUCACAUUGUGGUUAACUGUCUUCAAGUUUAAAUUCUACCUCACUCAUACUAAGAGUAGAAAUACUGUAAAGUGCUGUAUACUGUAUAAUCCAGAAUGUAACAUUGUGAUCUAGGAAUAUAAUUAUAAUAAUUGAAUCAACAUUUAUGUUACAGAACAGACAGCUCAGACAGAAAGUCAGAUUGCAGAUUUGUUGGUAUUAUUUAGCGAGUAAAACAAAACGUGAAAAUUUGCAGAUCAACUCUUGAUAAUACACAUUUAUAGCAUUGCCUUAAACAGCAUAUUUACUAUGUAUAUCAGAUAGUUUGAUUGAGAACGGCUAAUAAUGGACACCCAAUAAUACUUGUAAUAGGUAACAAUUCUAGAAAAUUCUAGAGAUCUCAAUAAAUUGCACAUUAUCAAUCUCAGACACUCACCUGUCUGGUCAUGUAUGAAAUAUCAACCUAGUUUUUAGACAGGUUUUCUGUACUAAAUUCAGUCAGUAGGGAUGAAUGUGUUUAAGACUGUACUCACUGACACAAAAGAGGUGUGAAUUGGGGAGUUUAUUCUUGAAUACCAAUUGUAGUUUGUCAGUUAUUUUUUAAUGAGUGAGGGGAAAGUGCCCUACAGAGCUGAGCACAAAGAAGGAAAGGGCUCCAGUAGUGAUGUAGGAUGCCUGAUGAACAACACGGACAAAGGGCAGUGGAAUAUUGAUAGAAACUCUAAGGGUUGGCUGCCAUGACGUCUCUGAUCCAGUACAGGAACUCGCACACCU